AGUGGGCCUAUAUUUUAAUGAUAUGAUCUUUGGACUGCCUAUGUCUCGAUCAGAAACUUGAACAUUUUUAAGCAUAUAUAAUAAUCACUACUUGAAAUCAUCUCCCACAUGAUUGAAUUAGUGUAGUACUACAGCUGGUUGAACGAACUAUGCCUAUAUAACAAAAUUUGCAUGACUUAGAUGUAUAUCUCAUAUAUAUUAAUCCUUAAACAUUAUAACUAUUGAGUGUAGACACGUAUUAUCAUUGUAUUAUCAUUAUGAUAAUGAUUCUCAAAUUUUUAGAAAAUAUGUUGGUCUAUCUAAAUGUAGAUUAUACUAUUUUUUAUUAAAUUAACUACCAUAUUGAUUAGUAGUGCAUGAAAAGAUAUUCUUCAUUUUUUCCUUAAACAAAAUCUACGAAGAUUAACAUAUAUAUGACAAUUAAUGAUUUUGAAUAAUAAAUAUAUGAUAAUAGUUUUUGUAUCCUCCAUCAUUUUUGUUUAAUUUAUAUCAUUAAAAAAUAAAAAAUCACAUUAACCAUAUAAUAAAAAUCUAGAUUUUUUUCUUAUAUGAUAUAUUUUAAUUUUUUAAACGACUAUAAAUUACUAAAUUGUUAAAAGUAUGAAAAAUUGGUGAACAGUGGCUUUAUUUUUUUGUUAUAAAAAUAUACAAAUGAUCAUAAAAUCAUAUGAAUAUGAAGUAUCAUUCAAUAGAUAUCAAAUUAUAUAUAUAUAUAUAUUUAAUAUCACUUAAAUUAAACUAUAUACCAUAUAUGUUAAUUUCAAAAUUUAACUAAAAAGGUAUUGCGGCCUGAAUAUUUUAAUUUUUAAAUUUGUAUUGAAUUUUUUAAAACGAUUAUAAAUUACUUAAAAAAAUAAAAAAUAUCACACUGAAAAUUUUGAUUAAUAGUUUAAUUUUUUGUUACAAAAAAUAUAAAAAUAUUAAUAAAAUCAUAUGAGUAGGAACUAACAAUGCUUAAUUAAUUGAGCUUUUACGAAACCAGUUUAUCAAUACCUUGGUUCGAUAUGCAUCAUCAUUAUAGUAUAUGUUUACAACAGGUAACACUAUUUGGACUUAUGAUAUGAUAUAAUUGCUCUAGAAAGAACGAAGUUAACAUGAAGCCAUCGUUUGUAACUAAAAUUUACUCCGCGCAUGCGGAUUAUCAACUAGUAUAUAUACAUAAAAGAGGGUCAUGACUAUUGUUUUUUCUGUGAACUUGGGGAGCACUUAAAGGGCAUGGUCGAUUUUACGUAAAGUCCCUCAUGUGCGAAGACGUCCACGCGCUACACUGCCCAAUAACACAAAUCAAUUUUAUAAGUAUCACAAAAAUAUGUUUACGUAAAACUCUAGUUAUGCGACCAUCUUGCAAUUCUCAAUGUAAUACUUUUAGACUUUUGGCUGUAUUAGAAUACUAUAAGAUGAUGUGUUACCAACUUUCGUUAGUCAUAGAUUGUAAUUAUGUGCACCUUUUAGAUGUAAUGUAAUUGUAUCUUCUUGGAGCAGGCUCUUUCAGUUUUGUUUUUAUUUCAUAAAAAACAUUUUUAUUUACUACAAUACUAUUUUUAUUUAUUUGUAUUCCAGCUAUACGUAUUGUUUUCUAGGUUAGGAUUAUUAUUAAAAACUGUUACCUUUUGUGAAAUUUUAAAUUCUGGAAAAUACAGAAUAUCAAUUCGUAACAUUGAAAAACAAUGACACAGUUGGUUAAAACUGCUUAUAUGUAAAUAUUAAAUCAAGUAAACAAAUAUUUCAGAUAUAAAGACACAUGUUUUCGUGGUUACCAACCAAAUUCUAUGUUUAUCUUUCUUUGUCAAUAAUUUACAGUAAUUUAGUAUUAUUUUGUUUUCAUUAUUAGUUACUAAUAUUAUAAAUUUAUAAUUAUUGAAUCCUUUCAACAUGCGUCACCGUAGAACGAGGGAGGCAUGCUUAUUUUUCUUUAUUGCACCGUCUAGUCUAUUUACUGAAAUAAACAAUACAUGAGUCCCUAUCGUUACAUAAUAAACUGAAUCUGCUUGCCACUAGAGAAGAUGGCCUGCUUCAUAUGGGUAGUGAUUGUUGUUCUAUAUAGUUGGAUUCAUAUAUAGCGAAAGCAACGGGUCCGGAAAUCAGAAAACUGCGUAUACAUAUAAGAUAUAUAUUUUCACAUGCUUCAUGUAGAAAAUAAAAUUUACCUGAUUAUAGAAAAUAAACUUAAAAGGUCAAUUAUUUACUCCCCCAAUAAAACGAAAUUAACAUUUUCUUCCUUAAAAAAACCCGAUAAACUAACGAAUUGCCUAGAAUUGGAAUGUGAAUAAAUUGGUCGGCUUCAUGACAAACACUUCGCUCCACGUUUGUGCUCAUCACUAAUAUUUUCUAUCCCAUCCUAUUCCUAGUUUUCGUAUUAAAUAUCGAUUCAGUUCGCAUUUAUUAAACUGACAUUUACAGUAUAAUUAUUUUGUAAUGCUAAUUUGUUACCCGCUGACAUCAAUUUUUUUUUUUGAACUAUGACAUCAAUACUUAUUUUAUCGAAUAUAUAUACAUGAUAUAUGGUGCGGUUUAUACAACUUUUAUUCUCAACAUCUAAUGAUUAAGAGGGACGUAUGUUUCUGUUCUUUUCUUUGACAUCGAGAGGAACUUGAAUAUAUAUAUAUAUAUAUAUAUAUAUAUAUAUAUAUAUAUAUAUAUAUAUAUAUAUAUAUAUAUAUAUAUAUAUAUAUAUUUAUUUUAUUUUUCUCCACUUAUAUACAAACAAUUUAUGUCUUAUUAUAUCCUAAACGGCUGAGAAAUGCCUUAUUUUAAUUUUACCAAUACAAUUCUAGCUGCUAGUUUGAAAACUCCUCUGUUUGAUUUAUACAAAAAAUGUUUGUUGUCAACCACCUAGCCAACAGAAAAAUAACCAAGUAGGUGAGAUUGUAGGAUGCGCAUCAAUUCCAAUAGUAACAAUUAUGAAUUUAAAUUAUAAAUAUAAAAUUAGUUUAGUUAUUUCCAACAUGAAUAAGAACACAUGCUAAUACCAUGUGAGGAAUUUAUUACCCAUGAUCUAACUCUCAUUCUUUAGCCUUUUUAAUUAGUAUCAUACAAGGAAAUUCGUAUAUAUGCGAUCCACCAAAAAGCCUAUGGUAUUUUAAAAAACUGGUGUAAAUAAUAUAUAAAUAUAUGAAAAAGGUGGCAUAUAAACAGUUGACGACAAUAUGGCAAAUCUAGAAUGAGAUAACGGCAAACGUAUAAAUUAGUUGGCACUGAUUUUAAUUUAGUCUACAGCCUAACCUAUACAACACAACACCAACUGAGUUUUUUUUUUUUUUUUUUUUUUAAGAAACCAACUGAGAUUUGUAUAGAUUAUAAAUUAUGUAUUCGUAUAUAAUUCCGCAGUUCUUUCGUAUCCAAUAGUAACAAAUAGUAUCAAUAUAAUAAUUGAUUUUUAAUUUUUUCUUUUCUUGGUUUAAUCAUAUACUCAUUCAUCUAUGAUCCAUAUAUAACAAGUAUCCGUGGUCCUGUGUGGAGUGGAGAUUUAUUGUUGGAGUAAAUACUGCACCCGAUCAAUUUGGCUCAAGUAAACCUGAGAUUAUGCAGACUUCAUGUGUAUACCACAUUUUUCGUCCCCUGAAGUCUAUACUUUACCAUAUUAAAAGUAUACACUGCUAAACAUUUUCCGACUGAUGAUUGCACAUAUAAAAUGUUAAGUAUAAAUGAUAUAUUCUAUACUUUACCAUAGUAAAAUACAACAUCGAUGACCGGCCACUUUUUAGAUAAUCUGAGGAUUAUGUAGCAUUCAAGAAUCAACAUGGUCUUAUGAGACUCAGAAACAUCCAUGGAAGUAGAAGAAUUUAGUCGAAAAUGUGGGAAAAGACUUACCGCAACGGAGGAAGGUGUCCACAUAUACGUGGAGGAGCGAAGCGAGAGGAGUUAGUGUUGUGUCAUUAAGAUAAGGGAGAGUGACAAGAAAGUAGAGGGAGAGGCUAACAUGAGCAAUGAAGUUUUAGAUGUUACGUGAUUAUAAAUCCAAAAUAAUAUGUGCAUCCACGCACCGAUCACCAUUGAUCCAAUAUUCCUAUCUAAUCUCUACCACUCCAGUUGAUUUUUUUUUUUGAACUCUUACCACUCUAGUUGAUUUGUUAUUUAAUUUCUUAAUUAUCAUAAUUCAGUCUAUAUAAACGUUGAACUUUAUCGGACUUUAUAAAAGGAUUACGUUACCAAUCAAAAUGACCUAACUAAUACUCAUAUAUACAAUUAAUAUUUUUCUAAUUUACGACUUCUAAAUAUAUCACACUUUUCACCAAACGUGAAUGUCAUUACACGUCGCUUUUGUUUUACUACACAAUCAUUCAGUAACCAUAUUGGUUACUAUUAUACUUUUGUCACAGUAACAUAUUAGAUUGUAAGGUAGUAACUAUAUAAAUUAAAUUUUGUUGUUUACUUAGAAUUAUAGUCAGAAUUUUCUGACAUAACGAAUUCCUCCACGUCUUUCGUCUUUCUUGCUGUGAUAUAAUAUGGCAGCUAGUGCUUUCUUUUUGAUUAGUUAACCCAUUUAUAACCUUCUGCACUAUAUAGUAAACGCAUCCAGAUUUUAAUUUUGAAAGUAAUUUAGUUAUUGGUCUAUUUUCUGGGGUUUGUUGUUACUUUUCUUUGCCAACAUUUUUACGAAAGCCAAAAGUCAACAACCGUUGACUUAAACGUAGACUUUUCUGGUCAUACAACGAGGACGAUAAUAUCUGUUAAGGAUAAAUUCUUUUGACGUUAUAUAAUCGUUGAAGUCUGAAGAUGGAAGUCAAUAACUACAAAUAUAGGUGGGUUGAAAUCAAAGUUGAAUUGGCCUACUGGUAAAUGAGUUGUAGAUGUAACUAGUGGUACUUGAAUUCAAUUCAAGUUGAAAAAUACUAUUUACAAUGUUUGGAUUCCCACCAAAAGUGUAAAAACAUUUUUUUAAUACAGGUGGGUUGAAAGAAACACACAAGAAAAUAAAAGAAGUUUCUUAAAAAAACAGUUAGGCAAAAGUUAGCAUAUGAUAUCAAUUAUAAUCAUUCCCAUGACAAAGUGGCAGAUAAUAUUUUCAUAAAACGAACUCUUAUACCAUUCAUUUUCUAGAGAAAAAAACUUAUAUGAGUGUAACAAAUUCGAACAAAUAAAUUAAAAUUGAUCAUAGACAAAUAGAAUUUUUGGAAUUCAAAGCAAUUGUAAAAUGCAUUUUAGAAUGUUUACGUGUCCUAGUGGCAUUGGAUGAUGAUGAAACGUACUCCGAGAAAUGCGGCUGUUUGCCGAUCUCUUUACUUCAGAAUCACUUGUUUUUUACAAGUGCAGCAUCUCAUUAUGUUCUUUCACAAUAUGAUUUUAUUAUACAUAUCUACAUCAAUAAAUGUGAUUGUAAGACUUUUUUUGUUUACUUGCUUAACUAGCAAAUACCAUACCAGUCAUGUAACUAAUACAGUAACAUAUUACACAUCUGAUUUAUUGAUGCUUUGGUCGAGUAUUUAGAGCAUCUUCAAUGAAAUUUGGAAUCCUAAACAUACGUAUAUAUAUAUAUGUAUAUAUUAUAUAUGUACAUAUAAUUGUGGGGUCUAAUUUUAUAGAAAAUUCAAUCUAUUUUCUUUUUUAAAUAACUUUAAAUUGGUUUUUCCACAAAACCAUGGACCCAAUAAUUAUAUAUAUAUAUAUAUAUAUGUGUUCAGGAUUCCAAUGGGUAGAAUUCCGAUAGGAGGUUCUCUUAUACUCUAGUGAGAUAUUUAUUGUAACACGGCAUGGCCGAAAGAAGAUAAUACAAACUACAAAGCCACUUUUUAUACUCAAGGUCAAAAACUUAAUGGUGAACUCGAUAAUUAACUAAUAAGAUUAUCUAAUUAAAAGUACAAGACUUGGCCGUAUAUAUCUCGAUCCAUGACUCUCUAUAUUAAUAUAAAGUUACUUAUAUCCUUCAUCACCCUCGAAUAUGUAUAUUGUUAUAAUUUGUUCAUUAUAUAAAGAGGGUACAAAUCUGAUCUUCCUCUUUCUUUAACAUGAAGAAGUGGUCGAAGAUGUUUACAUUCUGAAAAGUCAGCGUCUCUUACUCUCGUUUCAUCAGCCAUUCUACUUUUUAUUCUCCUACUUUUUCCAAGAAAAUUACAAAAAUUUCCCAGGAGAAUAAUCCAACAUCACUGAUUAGCAACCAUUCUUUUCCCAUUCUUUUUUAAUUUGCUAUUUUCGUUGUGUAUAUAUAUCAUAUAUACAUAUAUAUAAGCACACACAAACGGAUUAUACAUACAUGUUAUGUGCAGCGUCUCUGCAUCUUUAGACAUGGACAACUUCCAAGGAGACCUAACAGACGUUGUACGAGGUAUCGGGUCAGGACACGUUUCAUCAUCUACUGGGCCAUCUCCGAGCAGUUUGUCUCCGCCACCGAUUUCAGAUGUCCCCUCCGUCGCUAGUUGUCAGAUAAAUCCCUUCGGCGACCCGUUCGUAAGCAUGGCAGAUCCUCUCUUCAACCUCACGGCUAACAAAAGCAACAACAGCUUCGAAGUCUUUCCAGAGGUUUCUGAGGAUGAUCACAUCAAGAGUAAAUGCAGUGUCUUCCCAAGAAUCCAGAUCUCACAAAGCAACAUCAUCCAGGAUGCCUCCAAGUGUAGUUCCCCAGCUAUGGCCGUCUCCUCCGCCGUCGCAGCAGCUUCGCCGUGGGGAAUGAUCAACGUUGUCAGCACUAACAGUCCAAGAAACUGUUCAAUGGUCGAUAAUAGUAACAACACGUCAUCUUCUUCGCAGAUUCAGAUCUCUUCUUCCCCUCGGAAUCUUGGCAUAAAGAAGAGGAAGGGGCAGGGAAAGAAAGUGGUGUGCAUACCGGCUCCAGCCGCCAUAAACAGCCGGUCCAGUGGGGAAGUAGUUCCGUCUGAUCUGUGGGCUUGGCGUAAGUACGGUCAAAAACCAAUCAAAGGUUCUCCUUAUCCUAGGGGUUACUACAGAUGUAGCAGCUCGAAAGGUUGUCCAGCUAGGAAACAAGUGGAACGUAGCCGCACCGAUCCAAACAUGUUAGUCAUUACUUAUACAUCUGAGCAUAACCAUCCAUGGCCCACUCAACGCAACGCUCUCGCUGGCUCUACUCGUUCUUCUAUCUCCUCCUCUUCAAACCCUUCUUCCAAAUCCUUAACUUCAAUCGCAACGGCAACUACCUCUUCCUCAUCCAGAGUCUCUCAAAACAAAGACGAACCCAAUAAGUCCCACUUGGCCUCCUCCUCCACCCCUCCUUCUCCUUAUGUGGCUGCGGCUGUUAAGGAGGAGGACGUUGAGGAGCGUCAGAACAAAAUGGAGUUCGAUAAUGAUCCUGACAAUACCUAUAGACCGGAAUUUCAACAUCAGCCGGAGGGUUUCUUCGCCGAUCUUGACGAGCUAGAGGAAGAUUCUUUAACUAUGUUACUCUCUCAAGGAUUCUCAGGUGGAGGUAACCUAGAGAACAAAACGACGAUUCCCGACGUUUUUAGCGAUUUCUUUGACGACGACUCCUCAAGGUCGUUAUAAAAAUUCGUAUAAUGUAUACAUAUGUAGAAAUGAAUUUUUCAUGAAUUUCGUGUAAUUCGGUUGAGCUAAAUGCAUAUAUUAGCCCUGGUGUACAUCACAGGCAUCUGUAGUCGAUGAGGGUAAUCUCUUCAUUUACCAUACAAUUUUUUAAUGGUGGGAUCCAUCUCCUAUAGUCAAAAACAAAAUUUCAUUGGUUUUAUGAGUUCCAUGUGCCUUUCUUCUUUUAUAAAUGCUUUUGAAAAAUUUAAAAUUAUCAAAACUAUAUAUAUUAUUUUUCAACAUGAAGACACAUACCAUAAUCCAGACUGAUUAUAAAGCUUGUGAAAAAUUAUAUAUUAUUCAUUCGAAACAUCAAUGCAUGGUAAUCAGUACAUAGUUGCUCCAAAAAAGGUAAUCAGUACAUAAUUUCUUAUAGAAAUCGUAAUAAGAAAACCUCAAAAUUGACUUUCGAUACAAGUCAUUCGAGCUAGUUACAAUAUAUUCAAAGAGGUGAUCACUUAUGAUCUUCUUAUGAAGACGAUAAAUGUAUUUUGGGGUCAUGUACCCAUUUACUUGUUUAUCACUUGUAACCCAUUUACUCUAAAUCAAAUACAGUAAAUGAUAUAUUUAUAUAUAUACGGAUUGAACAUUCUGAUUCAGAUUUCUUUCAUAUAUUUGGAUGUAUGGGAAUAGAGUUAUGUCGUCAUGAUGAUUAGAGUUGUCCAAUCUCAUAUAAUAUGUGUAUAUACUAGUUUACGAAAACUGGUCAUGAUGGUGAGAAUAAUACUGACCAUGCAUGUGGAUGAUCUUGGAAGGCAGGAAGAAAACCCUAGUUUCAUGGCUUUUCCUACGGGCCGAUAUAAAUGAGAAUCCCGUAAUAAUAGUUAUAAUAGUUUAAUAUAAUAGUGUGUUUUUAACAAAUUGAUAUAAUAAUUUGUUUAUGACAAAUUGAUAUAAUAAUGUGUUUUUUAUUCAUUCUGCCUUGUGAGUCUGUGACUGGUUCGGGGGGGGGGGGGGGGGAAACAACUGCAUCAUUUAAGUACCGUCUUAUUACACAUAAAGGCCAUCUAAUAAUUAUUGGAGUUUGAUCAAGGGAAAAACUAGCUUUUUUUUUACUUCUGUAAGACAUACUUUAUUUAAUUCGAAUAAUUAUUUGAAUGUUAAUCACCGUUAGAGUGAAAGGAUUAUGAGAGUGUGUGUGAGAUCUCAACUUGUGAUCAAAAUUAUUCUGGAAAUAGUGACCUUAAGUUUUGUCAAAUCCAUCGGACUCUGAUUGAUAGAAAGAAAAGUUGCAUCACAAGUACUCGAUUUGCUGAGAGAAAAGAACAGUCGAAUAUUACACGUUUAAUUAUCAUAAUAUUUACUUUUCUAUGGUUUUUAUUCUCUCACGAUCGGACAUUGAGAAUGAGAGGCCAGUGUGGAUUUGGAUGAAGAUUUAGUGGGAAACUUGGCUUAUGGAUGGUACUAUUUGGCGUUACCUUCUUUUAGAUUAGUGAAAAUGUUUACCUUUUCUAUAUUUUGGGCAUAAUUAUGGGAAUUUUUUGAAUUUAUAUUUCAAAGGUAAGAAUAUGAUUAAAG